GCUUGCACAAGGAUGAUAAACUAGCGGAAAGAGGAAAGAAAGUUUUCUCUCCACGUUUCCCCCUAUAAACGCUCUCUGCAGCUUCUUCAACUGCUGCUCUUCUAUAUUUCUAUAUUAGCUGUUUUCUUCUUCUCCUUAUUCUUCUCCUUCUUCUUCUUCUUCUUCUUCUCCUUCUUCGUCAAUUUGUUCUCCACAGAUCUCUUCCUUUUCAUUUCAUUAUAUCUUCUAAUCAUGUCUGCAAUGAGAAGAUGGAGGAAGCUUAAACACAUACCUCUGGUUUUUUCUCAUCCAGAUCGCUCUCUCCACCGUUUCCUUCAGCUCUCCACCAUCUCUACCCAUUUAAAUUAUCUGAACGUCGGGUGCAACCGCCGGAGAGAGUCGCUUAUUGGACUUCAAGAGAGAUACAAGUGGAACCAAGGCUUUGGCUCCGGCGGUGGUAAUUCUAAUGAUGGCGAUUCUGAAAUUCGCAAAAUUAGGGCUGAAACCAAUUGCCCUCGUUGUUCCAAGCACAUGGAUCUCCUCUUCUCGAAUCGUCACUUUCCUUCUUCUAAUCUUGAGUUGGAUCCCAAUCAAGAGUGCUCCAGUCUUGGAGGACCUAACAGUACUAGCAGCAGCUAUCAAGCCGUUAAUUUUUGCCCCAGUUGUAAAACCGCCUAUUACUUCCGUCCUUACAAGAUUGCUCCUCUUCAGGGUAGCUUCAUUGAAAUUGGCAGAGUUACUAACUCUAAACCCAAAAACAGAAACUCCACCAAACAAUCCAAGGAUAACGCCACUCAAGAUUCCCCGGAGGAUUACACCAAUGCUAUUAGUAAUGGACUCAGGGCCUCCUUUUGGGACACUCUCAGGACUUACGCAGGGGACCCACCUGAGAAUUUGCCUCCACCUGGUGAGAAUGUCCUGGCAGUUCAUACUCCACCUGGCCCACCAUUUGCCCCUGGGGUUAAUGUGAUUAGAGCCACCGAGCCAAGUGGAGGAAGUGGAUCAAAUGGUAGAGCAGCUGGAGGAGGGGAAAGGACUGGUGGAUGGGGUGGAUCUAAUUUGGGGAAGGACUUACCCACGCCAAAGGAGAUUUGCAAGGGUCUUGAUAAGUUCGUUAUAGGUCAAGACAGAGCCAAAAAGGUGCUUUCUGUUGCUGUAUACAACCACUAUAAGAGGAUUUACCAUGCCUCUGUGCAGAAAGGGUCAGGAGCAGAAUCAGGAACUUCAUCUAUCAUAGAUGAUGAUGAUAAUGUGGAGCUAGAUAAAAGCAAUGUGCUCUUGAUGGGCCCAACUGGCUCAGGCAAGACUUUGCUUGCAAAAACUCUAGCGCGCUUUGUUAAUGUACCAUUUGUCAUUUCUGAUGCAACAGCUUUAACUCAGGCUGGAUAUGUUGGUGAAGAUGUUGAGUCCAUAUUGUAUAAAUUACUUGCGAGAGAGGGCAUUGGUUACAGGGACUCAAAAUUCCAGUUCCUUCCACCCAAGUUGGCGGCUGAGUUCAAUGUGCAAGCGGCUCAGCAAGGGAUAGUCUACAUUGAUGAAGUUGAUAAAAUAACUAAAAAGUCUGAGAGUUUAAACAUUAGCAGAGAUGUUUCAGGUGAGGGUGUCCAGCAAGCAUUAUUGAAAAUGCUAGAAGGAACUAUAGUGAAUGUUCCUGAGAAGGGGGCCAGGAAGCAUCCUCGAGGUGAUAAUAUACAGAUAGAUACAAAGGAUAUCCUGUUUAUUGUUGGUGGAGCUUUUGUGGAUCUUGAUAAGACCAUUUCAGAGAGACGGCAAGAUGCAUCAAUUGGAUUUGGAGCACCUGUUCGUGCUAACAUGAGAGCAGGUGGAGUAACUAAUGCUGCAGUCACAUCAUCUUUGCUUGAAUCUGCUGAGAGUGCUGAUCUUGUAGCAUAUGGCCUUAUACCAGAGUUUAUUGGCCGUUUUCCUGUAUUAGUUAGCUUGACAGCUCUUACAGAGGACCAACUUGUGCGGGUUCUCACAGAACCAAAAAAUGCUCUGGGCAAGCAGUACAAGAAAUUAUUUAGCAUGAAUGCUGUGAAGCUACAUUUUACAGAAAAAGCACUAAGAUUGAUUGCCCAAAAGGCAAUGGCUAAGAAUACUGGUGCUAGGGGUUUAAGAGCCAUACUAGAGAGUAUUCUAACUGAAGCAAUGUAUGAGAUUCCUGAUGUGAAAACAGGAAGUGAUAGAAUAGACGCUGUUGUAGUUGAUGAGGAGUCUGUAGGCUCAGUAAAUGCUACUGGAUGUGGUGGGAAAGUUCUUCGGGGAGAUGGUGCAUUGGAGCGUUACCUUGCAGCAUAUAAGCUAAAGGAAUCAGCGGAAAAUGUUGAGGUUGCUGAUGCAGAGUUGCAAGAAGGUGAAUCCGAUGUAUCAUCCAGAGCCAUGAGCAUGUAACUUUUGGUAUACGGUUGUCACUCAUUGUUCCCAUUAUUUAUAUAGUAACUUUAAUUAUAUAUGAAAAAAAUUAUUGUAAUAGAAUGACAAUUAUGUCCUGUAAUUAAUUUAAUAAGAAUUACAUUAAAAAAGAAAGAAGAAAAAUCAUUUUCACCAUUA